GACACUUCAAGCGCGUAGUCCUGCGAGCUCGUGGUGCAAAGUGUCAGUUGUUUUGGUUGGAACGUAAUUCCCUUCAAUGUUUAUCUAGCGCUUCCGACUGCUCUCGACUCCUAUACUACUCGCUACUGUUAGCUCAGAGAGAAGCUUGAAAUAUGCCUUUGUCCUAUUUUGUGCUUUUGAAGCCUUCUGAAAUCCGUUUUACUACAAAUAUAGUUGGUCGAAUGUUCGACAAUGGGUUACCCUUGACAGAAACAUUGGCGCAACUAGUCAACGGUGAAAUAUUACUUGAAGACAUUCCUAAGAUUGAGGUAGUUUGGUAUCAGGAAAAAUGGGAGUGGUACACGCUUAAUAACAGGCGAUUAUGGGUGUUUAAAGAGCUCGAAAAGACUGGGAAAUGCAAGCUAAUAAAGACGAGAAGAAAGGAAAGAAUUGAAAACAUCAUCGACUACCCAGCGAUGCUUUACGGUUCAGCAAGUUUGGCUAAAAUUUCGAGAAAUGCUAGCCCGGCAAAUCCUCGGCGAAGCCCUGCUCCAUACAACAGCCCGUCGAGACGCUCAAAGUCGACCUCGAGGUCCCCAAGCAAAGAGAGAUGGAGUAAAUUCAAGAGAGAACGUGUCGUCGCCUACGAGGAGCGGAACAUAGCGGUGGAAUAUAGAGUUGAGAGAGGUGUUGACGUAAACAUGGAAAUCUCACACCGUCCUCGCACAAAUAGUUCAAGCAGUGAUAACAAUAACAGGCAACUCAGUCUUUACAACCCAGACAAGCCGUCAGACAAGAUACUGCAUUACCGACAAGAGUCCCAUGUUUCCAAGUUCCCUAAAAAGAGUUUCCGAAGCAAUGUUCGCUUUCACCCAUAUCGCACUCCGAGAUUGCUGAAACUAGAGUCGAAUAUCAUAGGGCGCGAAAUUCAACCUUACAGCAAACCCCACUCAUAUGUAUGCGGCGUGAUCAGCUUCAGAUUCUGGCAAAAAAAGCGCACGGAGUUUUUCCGAAGUAUUUAUUCCAUUAGCAACGGAAGAGUUCGAGAUCCCGCAAGGUACGCGCGGUCACUCUACACGUGUGGGGUCUGUUUCAAGAGCUUCAAGUCUCGAGUUUCUCUAGAACAGCAUUCAGAGGAGCUCCUGCACUGGGCGUGUGUCAGGUGCGGGAAGUUCUUCACCAGUCCUACAGCCCUUGGUCAGCACAAGCUAGCGCUGGGACAUUCUGUGUUUUGAGCACACCCUCGUCACUUUGCUUGGUGAACUAGGAUAACUUAUGGUGUAUGGAGACAUUGUUAUAGUGACAGACAUGUGUAGUAAAGGACUUACUGUCCUACAGCCCUUGUUCAGCUACAGCUUUCACGGCCUAGCCGCUACACAGGCUAUCACGUGCACAUGUUUUAACGCACCCUCAUUCCUCUUUACCCAAGUCAUGUGAUAUAAGACAUAUAAUGAGUGACAUUGUGAACAAUGAAUUCUGUCAAUGAAUAACAUCAUACCAAACCAUGUUUACAGUAUAAGUGUCUGAAAUGAUUUCUUUGUCUAACUGGGAAGCACACGUUUAAUGUUCUCUGAGGAACUUUGCAAAAUUUAAUAAGAAACUCUGGUUUCCUGUUGGCUCAUCAAUGUUACAAAAAAAUGUCUCAAAUAUUGAAAAAAAACGUUAUCGUUCGGAUUCAGUGUUUUUAUUGGAUGUUGAGCUUAGUUAUCGUUCGAUCAUGUUUUUCCUGAAAAAUGUGAAAAACCUAAUAAAUAAAAUAAAUUUGUUGACAUUUA